AUGGUCGGCAGAGUCGUGUGGCAUUUCAGAGCGGGCCAGGGCGCCUUGGCCUGGAGGCUGAUGCUCCAGCAGAUGUCCUUGGUGUUCUUGUUCAACCCGCUCUUCUUCAAUGUGGUCAUGAGGUCCUUCUCAAUGUGGUGCAAGCCUGGCGUGGCCCGCGCCCGUAUGGCCGUCCUGAGCGUUCUGACCAUGACAUUCGCCCACUUCCUGAUGUGGCUGUCAUGGAGGGCAGUGAUCCAUGCUCUCGGCAUCUACGGCUACAUCAUAAUUACUAUCACCUACAGCUCGGUGAUCUUGCUCAUCAGGUGCGUGGACACCCAACCAAGACGCACGGCUGACAUUUGA